AUGCUAUCAGACCGACGCGGUGAAGCAUACACCGACGAGACGAAGGCCAAAUGGGACUGUCGCGACGAGAAUUAUACUGACGAGACCAAAGCAAAGUGGGAUCGUCGCGAUGAGGGAUAUACUGACGAGACCAAAGCAAAAUGGGAUCGUCGCGACGAGGGAUACACUGACGAGACCAAGGCCAAAUGGGAUCGCCGCAGCUAUCCCAACUUGCACUAA